AUGACCGUUCGGCACAGUAUUUCCGUUGCCGUUCUCAAUUGUGGUUACACGUGUCCCAAUAUCGAAAAAGAAAGGGGCCAGUAUCAUGACAUCUUUGCUUCAUUGUUGAAACCCGCCGUCGAGCGUCUCAACAGAGGUCCCAACUGGUCCAACGCCAAACUCAACGUCACAGGAUGGGACACGGUAAAUCAAGUAUAUCCUCCUUCAUUGGAUAGAAUAGAUGCCAUUAUCAUCACUGGGUCGCCAAAUGGAGCAUAUCAGGACCUAGAAUGGAUACGGACACUGGAUCGAUACAUCUCAUACGUUUAUCACCAACACCCUUCGAUUAAAAUAUACGGUUCGUGUUUCGGUCAUCAAAUCAUUUGCCAGGCACUUUUCGGGGAUCAGGGAGCUCUUGUGGCAAAGGACCCUGCUGGCUGGGAACUCGGCGUGAAUAGAGUGGACGUGUCGGAUGAAUUUGCGGACACGUUCUCGAGUCUACUCCCAUCAAAAUCCCUACAGCUUCAGUUCUUGCAUGGCGAUCAUGUGACUUUUAAGAACGGACGCCUCCCCGACGGUGUUCAUUUGGUUGGCUCCACGGCUCAUUGUCAGAUUCAAGGCAUAUAUCAACCUGGCAAGAUCCUCACGUUCCAAGGGCAUCCUGAAUUCGACCAAUUCAUCAACACGGAAUGCUUGAAACUCAUUGGACAGCGUGUUGGGUGGGAGGAUGAAUUCCUUGAUUCUGCCAUGGCAGCUGCAGCGCAAAGCGAUGAUGCAUCCAUCGCCGCAGACAUCAUAGUAGCAUUCUUCUCAGAACCAGAUAAUAACAUGUCGUAA